CGGUAGGUGGCACAUUUUGAAAGAUAAGAGUCGUCCGCAACUUGGAUGUCAUGGUUACAGCCGGCAUCACUUCGUCGUUACUGUGUAUUGCUAUAUAUGUAAAACAGACUCUACAUAGUAGAUACACGUGAGCGAGUCUAGCAGUCAGCUCAUAUAUAUAUUACAGAAUACAGAAUCAGAAUUCAAACUUUGUGUGUGUUAGCAAAACUAUUACUUGAUUGAGUUUUUGUUUAUGUUACAAGUGUGUGUGAAACAAAAAGGUAAUAUUAUUCAACAACAUUUCUUUACUAAAAAAACGGAGAGACUAUUGAACGUCACAAGAAUAUUUAAGAUCAUAUAGUCCAUGUGCUCCAAAAUCUAACCUACUUUUGCUUGCAUAAGCACAUUAUCUCAAACGAUAGUUCUGUUUCAAAAGAGUUAAUUUUUUAUUGCUGAUUUGGAUUAAUAAAUAAAAAAAUGGAGAAAAAUAACUGUACCGAAGGUGCACCUGAAGCUAAGAGGAGAAGGUGUCGUAUUAUAUCUGAUCAUUUUUAUGAUCCAGACUUUCAAAAAGAAAUCUUUUCAAGUUGGAACACUGACAAUCCGAUAAAAAAUGAAAGACUUGAGAUUAUUACCAAACCCUUCAAAGUUUGCAAAAUUUCAAAUUUUCUUAAUGAUACUGAUUUUUUGGACCAAAUCAAAGCUAGUUUGUUGGAUGUCAAAAGUACCAGGCAAGACAUUGAUUUAUUCAAGAUGGAACAAACGUCAGAUCUUAGCAAAGAAAAAAAUGAAAACAUUAAAAAAUUGUAUUCAGCUUUUCAAAAUGAUGUUGCCGAUUGGAUUGAAAAAAAUACUGCCAUUCAUCUGAAUAAAAAAAUUACCAUGACUGGAUCCUGUUAUAAUGAUACUGAUUAUCUCAUCUGCCAUGAUGAUAGAUUAACUGAUCGAAGAAUUGCAUUUAUUUUAUAUUUGAGUAAGGAUUGGUCUGCUGAGUUUGGAGGUACUUUAGAUUUAUUUGAUACUGAUGAACAAGGUUUACCUAAAAACAUUGUUCAUUCUAUAGUUCCAGAAUAUAAUUCAUUAGUAUUUUUUGAAGUUACAAACAAUUCUUAUCAUCAAGUAUCAGAAAUAUUAAAACCUAAAGCAAGAUGUAGUAUAAAUGGAUGGUUUCAUGGAUCUGUGGCGGAUAGGGCAGAAUUUAAGAGACCAGAAGAAAUUGUAUCUUUCAUGGAUCCUGAAAUGACAGAGUGCGAUUUAAGUUCAUGGGUUUCCAAAAUGUAUUUGGAUCCUCAAACCAUUUGCGACAUUCAAGAAGAAGUUGAAAAUGACUCUAGCGCUCUUUUAAAAGAUUUCAUCAGUGACGCUAUGUAUAAAAAGUUAUCUGAAGAAAUUCAAGGAAACAGCAUCAAAUGGAAAAUGGUUGGGCCACCAGAUGUUCGAAGAUAUGAGGUUGCAGAUGAAGAUAGUUUACCAGAAAAUUUAGCAAGUUUUAUAAAAUUAAUAAAGUCUGUUACGUUUUGUCAAUAUCUAAAAAACUUAACUGAACUUGAUUUGGUACCUGAAACAGACGAAAUGAAACCAAAAUUGAACUUUGAACUUCAAAGAUGGUCGCAUGGUUGUUAUACUUUACUAAAAGAUGAAAAAUCAGAGGAAAAAAAUGAUAGUCUAGAAGAUUCUAAUAAUGUAAUUGAAAUAGAAUCUAAUGAAAAUAUUUCAUCUGACGAAGACGGAGACGGAGAAAUAAUAACUGCAGACAAUAUCGAUCAAUACUUAUCGGAUUCGGAUCAUGAAGAACCAGGGACGUCCGGGGAAUAUGAAGAAGAGAGCGAAAAAGGAGUGCUUGAGGUAAUCCUUCAGUUUCACACCGAAAACUUCAAAAGUCAAAGCAUUGCUUAUGUCGAUAAGACGGAAGAGGACGGUACAAUUAUGGAAAUACCCUACAAAGACAAUCACUUGUCUCUUGUAUACAUAACAGGAACUUCUCAGCGGCUUCAAAAAUACAUGAACCAUACCGUUGAAGGUUACACAUAUUGUCUUAUUUGUGCGUAUAUCGAAUAAAACAUUUACUUGUAACUAUAAAAAUCUAUUGUUGAUGUAAAAUAAUGCUCAAAGAUAUCGUUUUACCAUGUAUAUAGUUGUAAAUAAAA